CUGCUGGGUGGGCACUUUGUGUUGCUUUAGGCUGCUCCUGUCUUCACUGCCAUCCACACCUGCUGAAGUGCCUCAGGAGCUAGACUACUUAACAGGAGAAGUUCACUUUCAUGUGGAAGAGAUUUCUAGACUGUUUUUAGUCCAAACUAUUGCCAUGGCAGAACAUCAAGAGGGGGCUUCAUCUGAGGGGAAACCCGCUGCAGCCAUGUAUCCCAGGAAGAUCCUGGAGUAUAUGGAAGGAUUCCUCAUCUCCAAGACAGUGUUCUCCUCCUGUGAGUUGGGGGUGUUUGAUGUGCUGCUGGCUUCAGAGCGCCCCCUGUCUGCAGAGGAGAUCAGUCAGGCGAUAGGAGCCAGUCUGGACGGCACAGAGAGACUGCUGGCAGCCUGCGCCGGCCUACAGCUCCUCAACACACACCCGGACAAUGGACAAGUGUGCUACAGUAACACAGAGCAGGCCAGUGUGUACCUGACCCGCUCCAGUCCUGUGUCCCUCUACCAAUCCAUCCAGUACAGCUCCAGAACCAUCUACCUCUGCUGGCACUACCUGACCGACGCCGUCAGGGAGGGUAAAAACCAGUAUGAAAAGGCUUUUGGAGUCAGCUCCAAUGACCUUUUUCAAGCUCUCUACAGGUCUGAUGAGGAGAUGGUGAAGUUUAUGCAGUUAAUGAACUCCAUUUGGAACAUCUGUGGUAAAGACGUGGUCACCGCCUUCGACCUAUCGCCUUUCAAGAUCAUCUGCGACCUUGGAGGCUGCAGUGGAGCGUUAGCCAAGCAGUGCACGUCAGCUUACCCAGAAUGCACUGUGACGAUCUUCGACCUCCCCAAGGUGGUGUGUACGUCGAGGGAACACUUUGUCACCGAGGCCAACCAGAGGAUUACCUUCCACGAAGGGGACUUCUUCAAAGACCCCCUGCCAGAGGCUGACCUCUACAUCCUCGCCAGAAUCCUCCACGACUGGACAGACGAACGCUGCAUAGCACUACUCACUAGAGUCUACAAUGAAUGCAAACCAGGAGGCGCUGUGUUGCUGGUGGAGGCGUUGCUCCAUGAGGAUGGCUCUGGCCCGGUGACCGUGCAGCUCUACUCCCUGAACAUGCUGGUACAGACAGAGGGAAGAGAGAGGACAGCUGCUCAGUACGCUGCCCUGCUGACUGCUGCCGGCUUCAUUGGCACCCAGCACCGCCUCACUGGGAAGAUCUACGAUGCUGUGCUGGGGCACAAAGAGACAUGAGACCCACAGAGGAGCCUGCUGCUGUAGGUUACUAUUUCUGGAUUUAUUUUUAAAUGUCAAAAAGUUUCGUAAAAUACAAAUAAAGGUUUGUAACACUGUAUGUAAACUAGCAUAUUUGGAAAACGACAAUAAAAUUAUCUUAGCCUGUAAACAACAGCUAGGAAUAUAAGUCUGGCUUUUAGUAGUGGUAAAGUUGGCUGAUGACUGACCAGUUAAUGCAACUGACACUUUGCUAAGCCCUGCCCCCCACUUGUCAAGCUGUCUAACUACAUGGAGCCCAAAGUGUCACUAACAACACUCCCUAAAGAUAUAUGAUUUUAUUUUUGGAGCAACAGAAAAGCAAUCCCAGGGUUGAGGCAGACAGAAGAGUAUCAGAGUUGUCCAUAGGAUAUACGUAUGUCAAACAGAGGGCGACAUGUUCAAGCUAAAACUAAGUGUUCAGUUUCUCUUUAAAUGAACACCCUGAUACCGGAAACGUGCCAUCAUUUUUGUACCCAAGCCUAGUAAAGUAAGAGACUAAUCUCAGAGCAGUGUGAUUCCUCUGUGAAUGAUUAGCCGCACACUGCAAAGGUCGACCUCUAUUAGAUGAUGUGCAGUGUCUGCUUCCAGUCUCGUUGCUGAGAAGAUGAACUUCUUUACAUAUCUGUUCUCAUAACUCAAUCCUUAGCCCUGUGUCUGAACCCUUUGCCUUGCUCUGUUCUUAACAGCCCAGUAAAGCUGUCUUUGUGCCAUGUUCUCAGUAAUGAUGGACGCGAUUCAGUAAAUCUUCUUUACAAUGACCCAGCCCAUCUUUAACCCCCACCCAUCCUCCUCCACAUAUAUAUCAGCCUUUUAUUAAAGCUCAGCCUUUCAGUGAUCCCCACUUCUGAUGUUCGAACCGAUAAACAGGCUUCCACACCAUUACUGUCUGCAGACUGUACCUCCACUGUUCACUUCCCUGUCUCCUUUCUACACUCCCACUCAUUCUCACUGCCCUCUCUAUCCUCUCCUCUCUUCUUUUCCUCUUAGUAAUUGUGAAUUAAUCAGACUUCAAAGUGCAACAAAUUAGAAUUGAUGUCAAAUCUGUGUGGACAGCUUUACAGAGAGUCGGCCUAAUGAAGGGAAAUGAAGUGCACAGGCUGAAGACAGUUUGACCUGAGUGGAGACAGGGAUAGUGCCCAGAGACACGGGGAGAGUUACCAAUGUCAGGCUGGGGAAAUGACUGCAUGUACAUCCUGGUGUUGAGGCUUUUAAGAAGUAUAUAUUUUCUUGAGGAUAAUUGCUAUUUCAGUUAAAAUAGCAAACAUAAAGGUAAAAAUAAGUCCUUUGAGAUAUGAGGUGGAAUUUUAAUGAAUCCAAAUCUGCUAUCAUCCCUAUAACCCGAUUUAACCUUCCUGAGAUAACUAAUCCUCCCCUCAGACUAAAACCAGAUUAAAUAAGGAUCAGGGUUUUUUGUGUUUCUUAAGUUUCUAAAGUUUGUGCUUAUCUUGUGAUUGAAAAGUUUAAAAGUGAAUUCUCUGAAGAUAAAAGUAUCCCAAUGCUUUUUAUUUUCAAGUGAAAGGGAAACUCUGGAAAUCAAUGUGUUGACACUUAAAAUCAAAUCAAAACUUGCAUUUAAAAGAAAACAUGUAAACCUGUGUUAAGUAUUUCAGCAGAAUUUUUUUUUUUUACUAUUUGAGUAGUACUGCUUUAAAGUUAGGAUGUCAGAACAAACGUCACUGAUUUCCCCCCUCUGCCGAGGAAAACAUCUGCUGUAAUUCUCAGAGAGUAUCUCUUCAAGUGCUUUCCCCCCUCACUAUUCGUCAAUGAUUUAGACUUGGGUCAAUGUUUUCCACUUCAGCAGAGAAAGGUGCAUACAUUUAUCCUCUCUACUUCUCAGUUCCAUUUACUACUCAAUCUCAUGAGGCUAUUAUUGUGCCGGCCUCAGGUUCAACAUGAGAGGGUUUUAUGGCUGGCUUCAGAAAGUUAGAGCUUUAAAAAUAGGGGACUGUGAUUCAGAAGAGGAGAGAUCGGUAAUCUUAGGACGUUCAGGCACUUCUACAAUCUACACUGGAUACACAGCUCAUGUCCCGCCUGAGAAAACACAGAAUCCUAAAAUAAUACUAAGGGAGGGAAAUAGGGAGUGUGUAUGAUGCAUGUCAUUUAACCAAAAUGUCCCUGGUUUUAUUCCAGACAGCAAUCUUUGUAGGAAAUAAAUAUAGAUAAUAAUGCAAAUUCAGCAUUGCAUAUGUAUGUGUAUGUUCUUAAUCCUCACACAUUUAUUAUAUCGUACGGAAGCAUCUUCCCCUUUGGUAAAAAGAUGAAAAGUUGGCAAUGAUAAACAGAGGAACUCUCCUGAAUACUUCUUAAUUACUGCACAGUUAGUAAUAAGUAUGACUUACGGUUGUGUGUGUGUGAUGUGAGUGUUGAUGAUCAUUUGUAAGAACUUGUGUGUGUGUAAUUAGCAUAUUGGAAAUGGUGUGUGUUCACCUCUGUGUCUAUUGUGUGUGUCUGUGUGUGUGUGCUUUGUGUUACUCUUUAGGGAUCCUCUAAAUCUGCUCCACAAGUCACGCACCCUCCACCCUCCAGGAAGCCACUUUAAGAUAACAACUUCAGGGCAUUUCAGGGAACACUCAGUUUGUGCCAAGAGUGUGUGUGUGUGUGUGUGUGUGUG